CCCGGCUCCGCCCGGCACCCCCCACACGCCUCUCCCCGGGUCGCGACCGCGGGGGGGCCGGGAGGGGCCAGCGGAGCUGUCCGGGCCGGAUCCGGGGUCACAGCUCAGACCAGCUCCUGGCACCACUGAGCCAAACUGGAUUUCCACCGGUGACCUGGGAGCAGUGAGUCCCGUGCGGGCGCGUGCCCUCAGCCAGCAUGACCAGCGAGGUGGUGGAGAACGAGUUUGAGUUUUACUCCAAGGCAGAGAAGUACUGGAAGGAUGUGCCCGCCACAGUGGAUGGCAUGCUGGGGGGCUACGGCCACAUCUCCAGCAUCGACAUCAACAGCUCCAGGAAGUUCCUGCAGAGGUUUCUGCGGGAUGGCCCCAACCGGACGGGGACAACCCGUGCUCUGGACUGUGGGGCUGGCAUUGGCCGGAUCACCAAGCGGCUGCUGCUGCCCCUCUUCAAGACAGUGGACAUGGUGGAUGUGACAGAGGACUUCCUCACGAAGGCCAAGAGCUACCUGGGUGAGGAGGGCAGGCGGGUGCGCAACUACUUCUGCUGCGGCCUCCAGGACUUCAGCCCUGAGCCAAACUCCUAUGAUGUCAUCUGGAUCCAGUGGGUCAUCGGACAUCUCACUGACAACCACCUCUCUGACUUCCUGAAGCGCUGCCGUGCCGGCCUGCGGCCCAACGGCAUCGUGGUCAUCAAGGACAACAUGGCUCAGGAGGGUGUGAUCAUGGACGAUGUGGACAGCAGCGUCUGCCGGGACCUGGACGUGGUCCAUAAGAUCAUCCGCAGAGCUGGGCUGCACCUCCUGGCUGAGGAGCGCCAGGAGAACUUCCCUGAUGAGAUCUACCACGUCUAUACCUUUGCCAUGAGAUGAGGGCAGUGGGAGAAGGUCUCUCCCAUGUCGUGACUCCCCUUCCAGGGGCUGGUGACAAGGACGGGACUUUGUCUUCCAAGUUGCUGCUGUUUGUGAAAAGAGGUGUUUGCCAAAUACAUUUUCCUGCUGUUGCACUUC